CGACGAAUAUCUUUCCAAGCCAUGAAGUUCCCAUGACAAUAAAUCUCUAAACGACAAUCCCAACUCUUCUUCCUUCCUUCCCAAUUCCCAAUUCCCCUCACACACCCACUUCCUACAAAAAUGGCCCUCCUCCUCAUCCUCCUCAGCGUCCUCCUCGCCAUCAUAAUCAAACAAGGGCUAAACAUCCACACCAACUAUAAACUAGCCCGUACAAUCGGCCUCCCCAUCCUCAUCACGCCCGUGGAACCUCUGGAUCCAUUCUGGCGUCUUACGUUACCAUUCCUCGCACCCAUUUUACGUCGUUUACCAUAUGGACUUGGUGAAUGGAUUGAUCAUGGCUCGUUCGCUUCGUCUUUUGCUUCGAGGAAUAAGAUUCAUCGGGACUUGGGACCGGCGAUUGUGGUUGUGACGCCGAGGAGAGUGAAGAUUAUGUUGGGGGAUGGGAAUGCUGUUGAGGGUACGUUUUUUUCUUUUGCGUUGUUUUUGCUUUUUUUAUUUUGUGAGGUGGUUGUUAUUCUGUAUACACCUGGGUUACAACAAUAUUAUCAUAAUUUCUAAAGUCUUUAUACAACUAGAAGAACUACACCAAUGGCUCCCAAUAAUUGUUACUUGUACCUCAAAUACUUGCGUGUUCCAAGAUUACCGGCUUCUCAACUGAACAAAUUCUGACUUUUCCACUUUUAGAUAUUUUGUCCCGAUACAGAGAAUUUAUCAAACCUCCAUCAAUCUACACUGCUCUCAACGUUUUUGGAGAGAACGUCGAUAGUGUAAACAAAGACAAAUGGCAACGACACCGAAAAAUCACCGCUCCAUCAUUCAACGAGCGAAACGUACGUCUCUCUCUCUCCCCAUCAACCACAACUAACCCUUUUACAGAGCAACAUCGUCUGGACCGAAGCACUUCAUCAAGCCACCACCCUCCUCAACCUCUGGACCUACGUCCCAGGAUCCGAGAUCUCCACAACCCACAAAGAUUCACUAACACUCGCACUAAACGUCCUCCUCGGCGCCGGAUUCGGACGCUCCUCAGACUUCAACUCCGUUUCCUCCCCUAGUCCAGGCCACUCCCUCUCCUUCCAACAAUCCCUGCACACCGUCCUCCAAAAAUUCGUCUUCGUAAUCCUCUCCAGCUCCCUCCCAGAGACCCUACGAAACCUGCUCCCCGACAAAAACAACCAGCUCUCCACCGCGAUACAAGAAUUCAAACAAUACCUCAUCGAAAUGGUAGCCGAAGAGCGUCUUUCCCUGCAGAAAGGCGGGAAAGAGAAACAUACACUAGUCAGCGCCCUCUUACGCGCUGCGGAUCUGGAGGACCAGGAGUCCCGCGGGAAUAACUACCUGAGUAAUGAUGAGAUCUAUGGGAAUCUGUUUAUUUACUGUUUUGCGGGGCAUGAUACGACGGCGAAUACGAUUUCGUAUGCGCUUACGCUGUUGGCUUCACAUGAGGAGGCGAUGGCUUGGGUGAAGGAGGAGAUUACUGCGGUGCUUGGGCCGGGUGGUGAUGGAGAGAUGGGGGAUUAUGAGAAGGUGUUUCCGCAGCUUAAGAGGUGUCUUGCUGUUAUGGUAUACCCCACCCCCAAACCCAUCCCCACGCCCAGCCCUAUGCAUAUUCUCUUCUUGAUACGAGAUACAACAACUAACUCCACCCCAAAGUACGAAACCCUCCGUCUCUUCGGUCCCGUCCAAACCCUCCCCCGAGACACAGAAGACACCCCCACAACCCUCCAAAUCCAGGGAACCACACACACCAUCCCCCCCAACACCCUCUUCAUGAUAAACUUCUCCUGCGCCCACACCGACACCAACUACUGGGGCCAAACCCCCAACUCCCCCUCCUCCUUCGAAGACGCCUGGACCUUCCGCCCCUCCCGCUGGCUAAUCCCCACCACCAGCCCUUCCACUCCCUUCAACGAAGACCUCCUCGUUCCCCCACGAGGGACAUACUUCCCCUGGGCCUCAGGCCCACGAAUCUGUCCCGGAAGAAAGUUCUCCCAAGUCGAGUUCGUGGCCGUGAUCGCGCGGCUCUUCAGAAAACACCAUCUGAAGGUCGCGGCGUUGCCGGGGAAGAGUGACAAGAUGGUGCGGGAGAGGACGAGGCGUGUGCUGGCGGAUAGCUCGGUGAAGUUGACGUUGAGUAUGAAUGAUUCGACGAGGGUGAGGUUUAUAUGGGUGGAGGAUUAG